ACGGAGAGGGAAAAAAGGAGACCAAUUUUCAUCACUUUCAACUUCUUUUAACAUCAACGAGAUUCAGGUUCAAUGUGAUUGAUAUGAUUUUCUGGUUCUGAAGUUGAAGAAAAAACAAAAUAAGAACAAAGACACACAUUGAUUUGGAGCCUUCGGAAAUCUGAAAUUCUUGUUUCAGAUUUUCGAUUACAAUGGAUAUUGGUUUGGCUCCGAUCAAUCAUUGUUCCAAGGAACACCAGAAAAUCUAUCAAGAUUGGUUUGUUUGCGCUGACUCAGAUGACGAUGGACGUAUUACUGGCAUUGACGCCACAAAGUUCUUCGCCAUGUCCAAUUUAUCUCGACAAGACCUCAAGCAGGUGUGGGCGAUUGCGGAUUCUAAAAGGCAAGGCUUUCUUGGUUUCCAGGAGUUCGUUAUGGCAAUGCAGAUGAUUUCUUUGGCACAAGCGGGGCAUACAUUGACUGUUGACCUUUUAAACAAAGAUGUUGAUACUGAAGAACUAAAACCGCCAGCAAUGGAGGGUCUGGAUGCCCUACUAGCUAAGAAAAAACACCAUCGUAACCCAAGUGAUUUUGAUCUGAAUGGUGGUGCUUCACAGAUUGAAAUUUCAUCUUCUUCAAAACAUGCAAAGAACCUUCCCUUAAAGUCUGUUACAUCGAUCGUGGAUGGCCUGAAGAAGCUAUACAUUCAGAAGCUGAAACCUUUAGAAACCAUGCAUCGUUUUAAUGAAUUUGUUUCUCCUGCAUUGACCAAUAGUGAUUUUGAUGCGAAGCCCAUGGUGAUGCUUUUGGGUCAAUACUCAACCGGGAAAACAACAUUCAUCAAGCAUUUGCUUAAGACUGGGUAUCCGGGAGCUCAUAUUGGACCUGAGCCUACUACAGAUAGAUUUGUUGCUGUCAUGAAUGGACCUGACGAGAGAAGUAUUCCAGGGAACACAGUGGCUGUUCAAGCAGACAUGCCGUUUAAUGGUCUAACUGGUUUUGGAGGUGCAUUCUUGUCAAAAUUCCAGUGUUCUCAGAUGCCUCAUCCUCUGCUGGAUCACAUUACGUUUAUCGACACCCCUGGAGUUCUAUCAGGAGAAAAACAAAGAACACAAAGAAGCUAUGACUUUACAGGUGUCACCUCUUGGUUUGCUGCAAAGUGCGAUCUCAUCUUGCUUCUCUUUGAUCCUCAUAAACUCGAUAUUAGUGACGAGUUCAAACGUGUCAUAUCAUCCCUGAAAGGACAUGAUGACAAGAUUCGUGUUGUCUUAAACAAGGCUGAUCAAGUUGAUACCCAACAACUUAUGCGGGUGUAUGGAGCACUAAUGUGGUCCCUUGGUAAAGUCCUAAAUACCCCCGAGGUUAUGCGUGUUUACAUCGGUUCCUUUAACGACAAGCCUAUAAAUGUGAGUGAUGAUGGGCCAAUGGGGGCAGAAUUGUUUGAGAAAGAACAGGAAGACCUUCUAGCUGACUUGAAAGACAUACCUAAGAAGGCUUGUGAUCGGAGAAUCAAUGAGUUUGUGAAGCGUGCAAGGGCAGCCAAGAUCCAUGCAUACAUAAUGAACCAGCUUAAGAAGGAGAUGCCGAGCUGGAUUGGGAAGGCUAAGGCACAACAGAGGCUGGUUGAUAAUCUUGAGGCUGUUUUUCAGAAGAUUCAAAAGGAUCAUCAUUUGCCUGCGGGAGAUUUCCCAAAUGUAGAAACCUUCAGAAUGUCUUUGAAUGGUUACAACAUAGACAGAUUUGAAAGAACCAAGCCUAAAAUGAUACAGGCUGUUGAUGACAUGCUGGCUUAUGAUAUACCAAAACUUUUGAAGUCCUUCAGAAAUCCGUAUGAAUGAGAGAGAGGC